ACCUAUAUCUCAGUGCUGAAUAUCACCUUUCCAUUUCCUGCCUCAUUGCCUUCAGAGAUCUACUGGCUUAGAUCUGUCACACUCCGAUAUAGAUCGUCUUACAUCCCGGAAAGAGCUUCCAGAUCCCAUCUCUUGGGCGUCGGCUCUGCCUUGUUUCUCAGAGGGGAGAACCCCCCUGUGACUCCUAGCAACCAUGAAUCCUCACAGGGUCUCUCAUGUGUCCCCAAGCCAGUUCCUCCCUCAUGGACGCAAUGCACCUCCUAUUGUAUACCGCAACCCACCACCCCCACAGCCAGUGGGUUAUCAGCCAGCGCCUGUUCUGUCUCCCGGAUAUAGUCCCGCUCAAGAGAGUCUCCGGACGCAGAUGGCCAAGCUCAAUAUAAUGAACAACAUCAGUUCUACGAACAUGAGCUCCACGAAAACAGAAAAGCCUGCUGAACAUGGACAGCCUUCGAAGACAUCGCCCUCGCAGGGCAGUGACCCUAAUAUGCCUUUCUAUGAGGGUUGGACCCUAUAUCGGGCCGAUCCCCAGUCGGAAGAUCAAAAGCCUAGCUGGAGGCAGGCUACCAGAUCAAAGAUGAGUCUUUCGCAGACGGAUCUCUCUGACAUGGUCCAAAAGCGGAAGAAGAAGAUUCCCUUGGCGGAACAAUAUCAAGACCUGGGUAAAUUUAAACGAGCCCACGUGGAUCUUUUGAUAAAAGACCGCGAGACAAAGGACGACGCCCGUUUCAGCUGGACCUGCGUUUAUGUGGAUGUCGUCAACAGGCCAGCAAAGGGGAAGGGUGCCCGGCGUGGUGACUACGAAACCAUCUCCAUGGACGUUAUCAUUGUGCGCAGACUACGGCCUGGUACUCCGAACCGGUCUGUCGAGAGGUCUCCGUCCAGACCUGCCCCCGGCGAAGUGAUCUAUCUGCAGUCUCCCCUCCCCUCUCCUCUCCCGAUUCAGGACAGAUUGCCGGAUCAGCAUACCCUGGAGUCAACCACGCAGGCCGUGUUUGGAAAUGGACAGCAACACGCACCCAGCUUCGCCAAUGCCGGUCCUUCAGGUGGGCCUCAUCAGCCUGCCACGAACCCGGCAUAUAUGAUGGGCAGUCAGACUCCAAUCAGCUCUCCAGGUGCACCUGUAUCAAUGCUGCCCACACUCCAAGCAGUCAACCAUCCUGCUACUCCGCGCAUGAAUAUGGGCGUACCUGGCCCGGGACCUCAUCCGCAAUUUGGUAACCAUAACGGAGCACAGCUACCCCAUUUUGGAGUGCAGCCACCUCAUCCAGGAGGACCACAAUUCCAUCCAGGAGCGCAGCCGCCUCAUAUGCAACUACCACAUCCCGGAGAUGCGCCUUCAUUCCGCGAGCCUCAAGGCAAUAAUCAUUCUUCCCCGCAGGGCUAUUUUGAUUAUGUGCCCCCUCAGAACCCAGCCGCACAUCCUCGUACCCCGGUGUCUCCCUCUCCCUUUCCAGAUGUUAUCAAGAGACAGCCACGGGGCCGAUCAAGCGUCUCGGGGCCUAAAGUGCGCAACGCAGUAUCCAAGUCAUCCAAGUCCCGCGCUCCACGGGUUGAACUUGACUGGCCUCCAGAGGAUAGCAGCGUUGGGGACGAUGAGUCUGUUCUCUUUGAACUAGACUACGACAGCUCAGCGACUGAAGAUUCUUCCGACGGGUUCGAGAAGAUCUCAAUGCCACGCGGUAGCACCCGCCACGGACAGCGUUCUCCCAGACACGAGCGAUAUCAGAAGGUCUACCACUCUCAUUCGGACCGCUCUCAUUCCGCAAAAAGACCUUCUAAGACCGCACAUCGAGACGACCAGAGACGGAAAGGUUACAGGGAGGAUGCCGUUGAAAUUAUUCCAGAGAACAGUCUGCGUGCGCGUCGACGGUCAAGGUCAAGGAGCCGUGCAAGCGCCGGAACCGUCGCUCUUUCUCGCCCCAGGGUUACAUACAGUGACCGGGAGAGUCUCCGCGACUCUGUGCUGCUAUCGACCGCUCCUCUUUCAUCCAUCAAAGCUGAGUUGGCGUACCUUGAGAUGCUUCGGGACCAGGAGCGACGGCUCCGUGAUAUGGAACAUGUCAGCAGCCGAAGACUCCAGGAGCGAGAGGACCUACUUCGGAUGCGCGAGCAGGAUCUCGAGUAUCGUGAGAAGGAAGCUGAUGACAGGGAGCGGUUUUCCAGUGGCCGUUUCACGCCCCGCCAGCCUUCACCUCGAGGCCAUCCUCGCUACCACCAGCCUUCUGGCUACCAGCACCCACAUCCUCAUCCUCAUCCUCAUCCUCACCCUCACCACCUAUACUAAUAAUGACUAAUGUGUUGUUUUCCUUUGUCUGUCAUAAUUUGAUUGAUUUUCUGCAGAUCUGGAUUUGGGAUACCCUGGGUUUUAUGUGGGUUUAUUGGGACUUUGGGAAGCGUAUCGGUCAAAACGGUCAACCCUCUUCAGAUCUCGAGCAGCCUCGUGAUUAUGUAUCAGACGGGCUGUUGUAUUCUUUUGUAAUAUGCUCAUCCACUAUGCUAAUUUGAUGAUGAUUCCAUUCUCGUGCUUGAUCUCUGAUAUCGCUGGGUGGUUCUUGUAGUAACAUCGCUUGCAUCCUUUGCCUGAUGAGGACAUUAUUAUUGCAUCUGAAGCAUCUGGGUAUGGUAGAGCAAAUGAAACUCCACUAUGGAGCCACAGGAAUGACAGGAUACGACAGGCGUCCAGGACCAAGAACGGUUCCACUGCCAGCUGGGGCUCCGUGAGUGGCCAUCGCGACAGCUCUGGGAGAAAGGGACGGUUAGACGAAGCGA